GCCGUCAGUUGAGCCGAGGGGAGGGACAGCUCGUGUUGCCUGGUCACCGCUCCAUUGCCAUUUGAUUUCAAAUACCGACCCCUCCUUGGCAUGGCAUAUAAGGGCUAAUAAUAUUCAUGGCCAAGGGUGGCUCCUUGAGAUAAACGAUAUUAGACAGAAUUGUCUCUUUGAGGAACCAACUUCUCACCAUCGGCAGCUUGUAUUACUUACUGACCAAAAAGAUCUUGGAGCACUUUUUCCUUUGUAAUCCCAAAGAAGAUGGCUGAGAAACAGAUUAGUUUGCCCGCUAAACUUAUUAAUGGAGGAGCUGCAGGGAUCAUUGGCGUUACUUGUGUAUUUCCAAUUGACCUGGUUAAAACCAGGCUACAGAAUCAGAGAAGUGGACAGCAAGUAUACAAAAGCAUGUUGGAUUGUCUAAUGAAAACACUGCGUUCAGAAGGCUAUUUUGGAAUGUACAGAGGUGCAGCAGUGAAUCUGACCCUUGUAACACCCGAGAAGGCUAUCAAACUGGCUGCUAAUGACUAUUUUAGGCACCUUCUUGCCAAGGAUGGGGUAGCCCUUUCUUUAUCUAAGGAGAUGAUGGCCGGUUGUGGUGCUGGAACCUGCCAAGUUAUUAUCACCACUCCAAUGGAGAUGCUGAAAAUCCAACUUCAAGAUGCAGGACGACUAGCAUCUCAGCAGCUUGUGAGCAGAGUUCCUUGUUCAUCUCCUGGGUGCAAGCUUGUAGCUGUCAGCCCUGUUCUAGCCAGAGCAUAUAAUGUAGGACCAAUUACCUUUCCAAGGAGGAUAUCUGCCACACAGAUAGCAGUCGAGCUUCUGCAUACCCAGGGCAUUAAAGGACUUUACAAGGGUCUUGGAGCCACCUUGCUGAGGGAUGUCCCAUUCUCGGUCAUCUAUUUCCCACUGUUUGCCCAUCUGAACAGAGCAGGACACAAUUCCCUGGAAGAGAAAGCCCCUUUCUUUCGUUCUUUUCUUGCUGGUUGCAUGGCCGGUUCAGUGGCAGCUGUGUCUGUCAAUCCCUGUGAUGUAAUAAAAACUCGUCUUCAGUCAAUGGGCAAGGGAAGAAACGAAGAGAGUUAUAAUGGAAUUAUUGAUUGUGCACGGAAACUUUGGAUGAAGGAGGGUCCCUUAGCCUUCCUUAAAGGGGCUGGUUGCCGAGCCCUGGUCAUUGCACCUCUUUUUGGUAUAGCUCAAGGUAUUUACUUUAUUGGUGUUGGAGAAUUUCUUAUUGAGCUAUACCAGUAUGGAAGACUUUCUCCCUAGACUUCCUCCUUGUUCUUUGGACCUACUGGAAUGAAUCCACAAGAAUCACCAGGCAAGACACAAGAAAACAGUGAAAUUUCAGAUUGAAUUAUCAGUGUUUCUUCUGUCAAAACUUAGACUCAAAGCCAAGUCCACCUGAGCUCAUUAAAUGUUAUCAGGCUUUGGAGCCAGACUGACUAGGCACAUAGUUCUCUAAUGCUGAUGUGUCUCUUUUUCUUAUGAAGUAAAAAGCCAAGAGUUGUGACAUAGUAGGACAGUCAUCUGAAUAUGUAGAAUGCAGCAUGCAUUCUGGGAGUUAUAAGACUGAAACCUCUGGUAAUGGAAUGGCAAUGGCUACUUUUUAUUAAGCCUGGCUAUGGGAGGAUGUAUCAGAAAACAUUUUUUAUGAGUGGAACAGAAAAAGAAACUUUAAACAAAAUUAUUGGGGGAGGGCACUUGCAAUCGUUCCAAACAUGGUAAACUUAUCUGCUGUUAGCAAAGAUUUUAAAAAUGGGAACAAAUUUUGUGAAUUUUUUAUAUCUGUCUUUUAUAACAUUACUUUACACAGAGUAAAGAAUUUGGUUCCUGUGGUGACUGCUAAAUACAGAGCAAUGUAAUACAAUACAAGGGUUAACAGGUGAAGGAAGCAAGAUAGGCUAUCAACCUAAAGGUUUUCAGAAAUGCUCUCUGGAACCUAGUUAUAGGGACUAGCAAUCUCUGUAAGCUACAUGUUGUGCAAAUAAACUGCUAAGCAGUUUUUCUUGGGCUGUUGCAGCUAUGUUUUUGUGAAGCUAUAUUGUAGGUUUUACUGUUCAUAAUUAACUACAAAAGUUCUGUAUCAAAGGUGUGUGUUUUUCUAAUGAAUUAUAAGAUGGUCUCUAGACAUACCAUGAAUAAUGUGUUGGCAGUGCAAGAAUUAUCAUUUUUCUUUGCUCUUAUCCUAGCACAAUAAAAUGGUUCAGACCAG